CUCCCGCCCUUCCUCUGUCUCCACGCCUCCGGCACAAACUACUCCAGAGACCCUAGGCCCUCCCGCAAAGGGGGAAAGGGACUCUGCGGGGACCUAGGCCCCGGCGUGUUCCGUGUUCGCUGCCACCCGUCUCCCCGGGGGAGGUGGGGAGGUGGGCGGCGCGCAGGAUAGGCCACACCACCCCCAUCCCACUCCUGGGGGCGCGGGGGUGCCCUCGGGGGCCUCACCUAAAAGCUCAGCCAGGGCACGGGGAUCGGAGACCCGGCACCCGGCUCAGGGGCAGAGGGCCUGGCAGCAGGGGAGGCUGGGAGGGGGGGGGGGGCGGGGACCCAGCAGCGCCGGGGUCCGGCGUGCGCGCGGCGCAGACACAGCCUGGCCCGGCUGGCGGCAGGAAGACGGGCGGGGCUGGGCCGUAUUGUUGCAGGGAAGUUGGGGCCUGGGGAGGGAGGGUCUUACUCUCUCUCCCCCGGGGCGGCUCCACCCGCCCGGCUGGCCCAGCCCCUCCACCGGUGCCAAGGAAUGUGCCUGGGAGAGGCCGGCGGGGCGGCAGAGCCGCGGCCACCCGGAGGCGGCGCGCAGGUCUGGAGCCGAGGGGUCAGCGUGGAGGUGCCGGGUCACCAUGCUCAGUCUCAAGCUGCCCCAACUCCUUCGCAUCCACCAGGUCCCUCGGGUGUUCUGGGAAGACGGCAUCAUGUCAGGGUACCGCCGCCCCAGCAGCUCCGCCCGGGACUGUGUCCUCAGCUCCUUCCAGAUGACCAACGAGACGGUCAACAUCUGGACUCAUUUCCUGCCCACCUGGUACUUCCUGUGGCGCCUGCUGGCGCUGGCGGGGGGCCCGGGCUUCCGCGCGGAGCCCUACCACCGGCCGCUGCUCGUCUUCCUGCUGCCCGCCUGCCUCUACCCCUUCGCGUCGUGCUGCGCGCACACCUUCAGCUCCAUGUCGCCGCGCGCGCGCCACAUCUGCUACUUCCUGGACUACGGCGCGCUCAGCCUCUACAGCCUGGGCUGCGCCUUCCCCUACGCCGCCUACUCCAUGCCGGCCUCCUGGCUGCACAGCCGCCUGCACCAGCUCUUUGUGCCCGCCGCCGCGCUCAAUUCCUUCCUGUGCACCGGCCUCUCCUGCUACUCCCGCUUGGCCUGUGCUGGGACCCGGGCCACAGCUGCGGGCGGGAGGCGCUGAGCUCCAGCCACACCUACCACCUGCUCUGCGCGCUGCUCACCGGCUUCCUUUUCGCCUCGCACCUGCCCGAGCGGCUGGCCCCCGGGCGCUUCGACUACAUCGGCCACAGCCACCAGCUGUUCCACAUCUGCGCGGUGCUGGGCACCCACUUCCAGCUGGAGGCGGUGCUGGCUGACAUGGGGUCUCGCCGCGCCUGGCUGGCCGCGCAGGAGCCCCCCUUGGGCCUGGUGGGCACGCUGGCCACGCUGGGCCUGGCGGUGGCCGGGAACCUGCUCAUCAUUGCCGCCUUCACGACCUCCCUAUUUCGGGCCCCCAGCACAUGCCCCCUGCUGCAGGGUGGCCCGCCGGAGGGGGGAAUGAAGGCCAAACAGCAGUGAGCCUGCCCUGGGGAAAGGCAGAGGCCAGGCCCCCCUCCCCGACCCAUGCGGGGGAGGAGCCCAGAAGGGGCACAUCGGAGCCUGGGGCUGAGAGUGACUGAGGGGAGGGGCACAGGAGAGGAGGGCAGGGGGCAGGGGGUGCUGGCCAUGAGCAGGAGGGGUCAGUGACGGUGCUCUCAGGGGGCUGGGGCAAGUGCUGAGGGUCUGAGAGGGGCAGUGCAAGCGUCCGGGGCUGGAGCGCCCCGGCUGGAGGCUGGGAGGGGGAGCCGCUGGGCCCCGACACCUGGUCCCUUCCUGCCUACGAGUCUCUGCUGAGCCCAGGGGGGUCGCUAACACGACUAACCUAGGCCUGCCUCGCGUGCUUGUUGCGCCGGAGGCCCGCUGGCGCCCUCGCCUCCCAAACGGGCUGUUUGCCCACAGGGAUGUGGUCUGUCGGUCCUGGUCACAGCCGUGUGCUCAAGGUGUCCAGGACCUUGGGUCUAAAUUUGGGCGUCGUGGCUGAUGCAGGGGCUUGUGGGGGGAGGGGUGCUGGGCUCGAGGGGGAAUCCUAAUAAGACUUUUGGGAAGCUGCUUUCGACGCUUCCAGAUGAGGCGAGUACAGUACAAAUAAAUAAGUCAACAGCG